AUGCCUCAGCCCUCGCCAGGCUCGUCAGCCCCGUCAGCCCUCGCCAGGCCCGUUAGCCCUCGCCAGCCCCGUCAGCCCUCGCCAGCCCCGUCAGCCCUCGCCAGGCCCGUCAGCCUCCAGGCCCGCCGUCAGCCCUCGCCAGCCCCGUCAGCCCUCGCCAGGCCCCCCUCGCCAGCCCGUCAGCCCUCGCAGGCCCGUCAGCCCUCGCCAGGCCCGUCAGCCCUCGCCAGCCCCGUCAGCCUCGCCAGCCCGUCAGCCCUCGCCAGCCCCCCUCGCCAGCCCCGUCAGACCUCGCCAGCCCCAUCAGCCCUCGCCAGCCCCGUCAGCCCUCGCCAGCCCCGUCAGCCCUCGCCAGCCCCGUCAGACCUCGCCAGCCCCAUCAGCCCUCGCCAGCCCCGUCAGCCCUCGCCAGCCCCGAGCGCCUUCGCUGUCACUUCGGGCUCGCGCGACCGUGAACUCUCUAUUAAGUUCUCUCACUCACGCUCACAGUCCGGCACACGAAUCCACACUCUCACUCGCCAGAGCAGCGGGCUCCACAUCCACACCUAUAAGGCCCCGCGCAGCCAAGUACACGGAGCAAGAAAGUCUGUGUAUCCCUCGAGGCGGAGACCAGGAAUUCGAGUGGCUCCCACAAGGUCAAGGUCAAAGACAAGAGACGCCAAGAAAGGCAAGAGGCGAAUUCUCACAGCCACUAAGCUCCUGGCUCACGCCUGA